ACUUGCUGCAUCUCCGCAGCCUUGAAGCCAUGCCGCGCAUCUACGCGCCCUUGAAGCCGCGCGGCAGAAGCACGCCCCGAAAAGAUGGCGUGGAGGAGAUGAUUUCGGCCGCGAAUCCUCUCUACGGACAAGGCACUCACCGGACCAACCAAUGCAGAGAGACGUUGCAGACUCCUGGCCCUGGAGCUUACAGGCAGCUCGCAUCAUUUCCGGUGAAGGAUGAGAUCAACAGCAAUGCACAAAUCUUCCCACGAGCUCCCCGUGGUUUGUUAAGCGGCCGAGCUCGUGCCUUCUCCCGUGUGUCGGACAUCGCCAACCCGUACAUUAUCAUCUCGCCAAUUGUGGGCAUGUUCAAUGAACAAGUGGGCAUUACGCCAUCGAAGAUGUCUGCCAGCAAGUCCAGCAUCAACACCUUGCCACCCUGCAAUGCUGGCAGAAUUCUGAAGGGCCAUGGAGGGAGCGUUCCUAGAGGUCACGGAUUGCCCUUCUAAACUGGUGGCCACAGCACCAGGGAAGAAUAUGAUUUUCCAUUAUAUACCAUCCAGCUAUUGGGGUAUCCCCAUGUUGAUAAAUAGUCG